GUAAUCUUAUCCACAUGAACAACACGAGGUGUGUCGUUCAGAGACUCAGACACACAGUGGAACUCGUCGAUUAUCGAAACCCUAACCCCAAUUGCAGCUAAAAUGGGAUCCAUUGGGGUACUCUUGGUGGCUCAGACGAUGCCAUAUCUUGAACAAGAACUCGACAAGCGCUACAAACUCUUCCGAAUUUGGGAUUUCCCGCAAAAGGCGCAGCUCAUAAGCCAGCAUGCCGCCUCCAUCCGCGCCGUGGUCGGCAACUCGAGCGGCGGCGCCGACGCGGAGCUGAUCGAGGCUCUGCCGAAGCUGGAGAUCGUGUCGAGUUUUAGCGUUGGCGUGGACAAGAUAGACUUGGAGAAGUGCAAGGAGAAGGGGAUUCGAGUGACCAACACACCCGACGUGUUGACCGAGGAAGUGGCCGACUUAACCAUCGGGUUGAUACUUGCGCUCCUUAGGAGAAUCUGCGAGUGCGAUCGCUACGUCAGAAGCGGGAAAUGGAAGCAAGGUGACUACAAGUUGACCACUAAGUUCUCUGGGAAAACUGUUGGCAUUAUUGGGCUUGGAAGGAUUGGCACAGCAAUUGCCAAGAGAGCUGAAGGAUUUAACUGUCCAAUAUGUUACUACACUAGAACUGAAAAGCGAGAGUCAAAGUACAAGUACUAUCCAAGUGUUGUUGAGUUAGCAUCAAACUGCCAAAUACUGGUGGUUGCAUGCCCUCUUACGGAGGAAACCCAUCACAUCAUCAAUAGAGAGGUCAUUAAUGCUCUUGGUCCCAAGGGUUAUCUUAUUAACAUUGGGCGAGGUAAGCAUGUUGAUGAACCAGAGUUGGUCUCUGCUUUGCUUGAAGGACGUUUGGGCGGGGCUGGAAUAGAUGUUUUUGAAAAUGAGCCUCAUGUUCCAGAAGAGCUAUUUGGGCUGGAAAAUGUUGUCUUGUUACCUCAUGUUGGAAGUGGCACUGUAGAAACUCGAACUGCAAUGGCUGACCUUGUCCUUGGAAACCUUGAAGCUCAUUUCCUUGGAAAGCCACUGUUAACUCCCUUGGUUUAAUCUCAUAGAACUACCAAGAUUGAAUUGCAUGCAUUAUUUACCUUAUCACCGUUUAAUAAUUCGUGAUAUGGAAAUUCAUGAUUGUUGGAUGAGAGCUUCCUGAUAUCCAUAUCAGUGCCCUUCCAAUUGUAAAGAAUGAUUUAGUUCAUCUUUAUUGUGACGCUUAAACAAAGAUUAUCAAUCUUGAUUCGCUGAACUUUAGCAUAUUUGAUUAUUAUUCAAAAUUUAUCUCUUAACAAAGAGAGUGGUAUCU